AUGGGUGACGGUGACAAAUUGAAGCAACUCGCUAGCGAUCUCCUUUUGCCUGAGCUUGAACGACAGCUGGCCGCAGAACCUGAGCUCUGGCCUAAUGUCAAGGGCUUGUUUAUUAAUGUCAAACCUUUGAUCACUGACAAUGAAGAGUUGGCCAAGAGCUCAGCCAAAACCAAGGUCCGUGUUGUCAAGAUCCAGGUUGAAGAUGGUGACCUUGUGAACUUCAUUACGGGUGGUAUGACCGGUGUCAAGGCAUACAUGACCGGCAAGAUCAAGGUCCGUGGUGAUCUGAUGCUUGCACAGCGCUUGGAAGAAGUCUUUGAGAAGGCCGGUGGCAGACAGCGUGCCAUGGACUUCAUCAAAGAAAAUGAACAACUCCGAGCAUUGACAAGUGGCAAGGCAAAGCUGUAA